AAUUUGUUGGCUUAAUUUUUAAAAAGCUGUAAAUAUGAUGUCGAUGAACAGCAAACAACCACAUUUUGCUAUGCAUCCAGCUUUACCUGAACACAAAUACACCUCUCUGCAUUCCAGCUCAGAAGCAAUAAGAAGAGCGUGCCUACAAACUCCACAGCUACAGAGCAAUAUAUUCGCUAGCCUGGAUGAAACUAUUCUGGCCCGGGCCGAAGCCUUGGCGGCAGUGGAUAUUGCAGUGUCUCAGGGCAAGACCCACCCGUUCAAGCCCGAUGCGACUUACCACACCAUGAACAGCGUGCCAUGCUCGUCAACUUCCACCGUGCCACUUGCACAUCAUCACCACCACCAUCAUCAUCAUCACCAUCACCAGAACCUCGAACCCGCGGAUCUUAUGGACCAUAUCAGUCCUCAUUCGUUGACCCUCAUGACUGGAGGACACGAUGGGGCAGGUGGUGGUGGAGGAGGCGGCGGAGGAGGUCUAGUAUCCUCCGCUGCGCACCCUCACUCACACAUGCACGGCUUAAGCCACCUAUCCCACCAGGCUGCUAUGAACAUGAAUUCACCACUUACUCAUCAUGGACUAUUACCGGGCCACCACGGAAGCGCUCAAGGUGCGUCGGGACCUGCGAAUAACGGGCUUCCUUCUAUGAAUGAUUCGGACACCGAUCCAAGGGAGUUAGAAGCUUUCGCAGAGCGCUUCAAACAACGGAGAAUCAAGCUUGGGGUAACCCAAGCGGAUGUUGGUGUAGCCCUGGCAAAUCUUAAAAUUCCUGGAGUGGGUUCUCUUAGUCAAAGUACAAUUUGUCGAUUUGAGUCGUUAACGCUCUCACACAACAAUAUGAUAGCAUUGAAGCCAAUUCUUCAAGCGUGGUUGGAAGAGGCCGAGGGGGCUCAGAGAGAGAAAAUGAACAAACCUGAUAUUUUCAAUGGGGGAGAAAAAAAACGCAAGAGGACCUCCAUAGCGGCUCCGGAAAAAAGAUCAUUGGAAGCAUACUUUGCUGUUCAGCCUCGACCUUCAUCAGAGAAAAUAGCUGCAAUAGCAGAAAAAUUGGACCUGAAAAAGAACGUGGUACGAGUGUGGUUUUGUAACCAAAGACAAAAACAAAAACGGCUGAAAUUUUCUGCAACGCAUUAAUUAAGUGUAGCUACUUUUACCACAAAUAUAGGGACCAAGUAAUACACACAUCGUUUCAGUCUUCCUUUUUUGCCGAAGGCUUUUCGUGCGAUGUAGAGAUUAUUAAAAUAAUCAGUUUUGUGAGGCGUCCACGUUUGUCUUAUUAUUUUCACAUUAUUCGUGAAUGUGAAGCAUACAAAUAACAGGUAAUCCACUUCAUUUUCUUUCUCUGUUGGUUGUAUGGAAAACACGACUUAAGUCCAUGUUGCCUUUUAAAUUCCACUGUCAAAUGAGGAGACCAGAUAACACUUUUAAAAAUGAAAUAGCAAUUAUUAGCAUAACAGUGGCAUCGAAGCAAAUAAGAACCUUUCACUAGCAUGCGAGACACCACUGCUGUCAUACAAACUUUAGUGGAAUUUGCCUGGUUAGUCCAACGGAUCCAAUUGCAAGUUGUAAACAAAAGAAUGUGUUCAUCGCAGUGGAGAUAACUAUGAAAUGAUAAGAGCAUUUAAAGAUAUACCUCCUUGUCGAUAACAGUGGUAUGGGGUGUGAAUUAUAAUAAUAAGAAUUAUUAUUAUUAUGAUUAUUAUGCAUUAUGAAUAGGCUAUAUCACCACUACUACUAAUACACUGGGAAUUUAAAGUUAAAUUUUAAAUAUUUAAAUUUUUUAUCCAGAGAUGUAUUUGUUCAUACAGUGUAUAUCAUUUCAGUCAUUGCCCAAUGUUGUAAAAAAUUUGCAUGAUUAAAAAAUGAAAUUAUGAAAACUGAAAUAAGAAUUUUGCCAUAUGGGUGUAAUGUAAAGUUGAUUAUCAAAUUUUUAUUUAAAAUUUGCACUAAAAUCUAUAGUUAUUUAAAGGUACGUUAAUCAGAUUCACCGAAAUGGGCUCCUGUACUGUAUAUACAAAUGACAAAAUCAGUCACUUUUUUAUUAUUAUUUUGGCUUGUCCAAAUGUAAUUUUACAUUUGCAUGAUUCCAGUGGGUUCUGAUAAAAACUGACAAGUCUGUGAUAUGGUUUGCUGUGCAAACACUCUAUGCAUUACAUUCUUAAAUAAAAAUAAAAUCAAGCACUACACAUAGUACCUACAAAUAGUCACUGUUUACUGCCCGUUUCCACUUAUAACAACUUUUUGUCGUGUUGACCGUUUAAAGAAAUUACGAGUAAUAUUUUAUUUGGUGCACUUUAUGUUUCUAAAUUGUGCUUCUGUGUUCAUCAUGCAGUGCCUAUCCUACUACUGUGUUCUGUUUAUUUAUUAAUUUAUUCGUUUAUUUGUUUUGGUGUUUGUUUAUUCAUUAUUG